AUGUUUAUUAUUAAAACUAGAAAAAACUCUCAUCCAUAACCAUUUUCAUAUUAUGAGAUCAAAAUUUUAGAAGUUAAGAGCUAACCUUCAUAAAAAGCACUUGUUUCAGAAUAAAAUUAAUAAAACUAUUUAAAAUUACGUCUUGGUACAGCAAAUACAAUAUGUGUAUAAGGAAGGUCAAAAACUUUAGCACAUAUUAAAAAAGAAAAGGUUAUACCAUUUGAAAUGAAUUAUAAUCUUGCAUACAAAAAAAUAUUUAGUCAAAAGAAUCUGUUCCAUCUAAUGGGAGGAAACAUCUGA